AACACGCAGACCCGGCGCAUGCGCAUGCGCAGCAGCAGCCAGGCAGGCAGUGACGUCACCGGCGCCAUAUUAAAGAUCUGCUGCUGUUUUCUCCGUGUCGCUGUUGCCAUCUUUCUGUUUCCAGCUGGACUCAGAGAGACCAGAGAGUAGCAAACAUACCUCCACAAUGGAAGUCGACACACUUAUGGGAGCAUUUAGAGAUUUCGAGAAGAAAGGAGAAAAGGAAACCUGCCCCAUUUUGGAUCAGUUUCUAUCGCAUGUUGCGAAAACAGGAGAGACCAUGAUUCAGUGGUCUCAGAUUAAAGGUUACUUCCUCUUUAAACUGGAGAAAGUGAUGGAUGAUUUUAAGGACUCAUGUCCAGAGCAACGGGGACCUGCCAAUCCAAACGUUGAGUACAUUCCCUUUGAGGAGAUGAAGCAGAGGAUUCUUAAAAUCGUCAAUGGAUACAACGGGAUUCCUUUCACUAUUCAGCGUCUUUGUGAGCUUCUUACUGAGCCAAAAAGAAACUACGCAGGAACAGACAAGUUCCUCAGGGGUGUGGAGAAGAAUGUGAUGGUGGUCAGUUGUGUGUAUCCUACCUCGGAGAAAAAAGGGUCAGGUUGUGUGAACAGAAUGAAUGGUGUCAUGUUCCCUGGUAACGCUUCAGCGUUUCCAGAUAGAAAUGUGAACGGUCCAGGAACACACAGGCCACUGAACAGACCAAAACUCUCCCUGUCCAGCAGUGUAGCUACCAACGGCCUUCCUGACAGCACAGAAAGCAAAGAACAAGCAUCAGAGCAAUCAGACAGAACAGUCAAGAAUGUGGUAACUGCUGUGCUUAUAUUUUUGCAUAUCAGCAGCUGUUUGCAUACAUUUACGUUUUCUGCUCCUCUCUCUGCAGAACCCUCGAGUACACAGUCAGAGGUCAUAGAAAACAGGGUUGACAAAUCCACUUCAGAAGAUUCACCCGACCCUUCCCACAAUCAGGCGACCGGCAGCAAAUCAGAUCUACCAGAACAGCGGUCGGAGAGGGAAGAGAGCGCCGAGGCUCAGGAAACGGACGAGAGAAAUGACCCAGUCAGCAGCAGCAGUAGCAGCUGCAGCAGCAAUAAUAGCAGUGACGAGGGAGUGUCCAGUGCAGAGACUCCAUCUGCAUGUCCCAGCAGUUCCACAGAGCUGACGGCAGAGGGCAGUACCACUGCAGAAAUCAGUUCAGACAGCUCAGAGACUGCAGAUGACACCAUGGAGCAAGACUGAAGUUUGGCUGUACAUGAUUGAUUUUUACACUCUACUGUACAAAACCCCAAAAAUCACUUAUCCUGCGAGUUUAGCAGAUCCUUUAUAGACCAGGAGAGGAGGGCAUUCUGAUGACUUCUUGUGACACAUCUACUCCUUAUGACCCUUAUUCGGGCAUCUUCUCUUAAUAUGGGCUCUUCUCU